GACGGCAGCGCUCUUGUUGUUUUCUGGUUCGGUUCGGCACGCACGUUUUUCUGGUGGCAGCCGCUCGAUCGCUCGCGCGUUAUCUCCUGCACGGGUUCUUUAUUUUUUGAAACAGCAAAAAAUAAAAGCACGAAACGCGCUUUUCGGUGUUCUAAACACGCGGAAUUGAUAAGCGUAUCAGUUAGUCCCCGAGAUCAUCACUUUCCGACCAGCGUUCGAACCGUGCGGUUCUAGUUUUCUCAAGUGAUCUUCAGUGCAGCGAUACAACCGAUUCUCCCCAGACAAGAUGUCCAAGCCCGACUACAAAGUUGCCGACAUCAGCCUGGCCGACUUCGGUCGCAAGGAGAUCAUGCUGGCCGAGAACGAGAUGCCCGGUCUGAUGGCCUGCCGGAAGAAGUACGGUCCGCAGAAGGUGCUGAAGGGGGCCCGCAUCGCCGGAUGUCUGCACAUGACCAUCCAGACGGCGGUCCUCAUCGAGACGCUGGUCGAACUGGGAGCUGAGGUCCAAUGGAGCAGCUGCAACAUCUUCAGCACCCAGGAUCACGCCGCCGCCGCCAUCGCCAAGACCGGCGUUCCGGUGUACGCGUGGAAGGGCGAAACCGACGAGGAGUACAUGUGGUGCAUCCGGCAGACCUUGGUCUUCAAGGACGGCCAACCGUUGAACAUGAUCCUGGACGACGGUGGUGAUUUGACCAACCUGGUGCACACUGAGUACCCACAGUACCUGGAGGGAAUCAAGGGUAUUAGCGAGGAGACCACUACCGGCGUGCACAAUCUGUACAAGAUGCUGAAGGAGGGCAAGCUGGGCGUUCCGGCGAUCAACGUGAACGACUCCGUCACCAAGAGCAAGUUCGACAAUCUGUACGGAUGCCGGGAGUCGCUGCUGGACGGAAUCAAGCGGGCCACGGAUGUGAUGAUUGCCGGAAAGGUGUGCGUCGUUGCCGGGUACGGCGAUGUUGGCAAGGGGUGCGCCCAGGCUCUGCGUGGAUUCGGCGGUCGGGUUCUGGUUACGGAAAUCGAUCCGAUCAACGCCCUGCAGGCCGCCAUGGAAGGCUACGAAGUGACCACCAUGGAGGAAGCCAGCAAGGAGGCGCAGAUCUUUGUGACCACCACCGGAUGUACCGACAUCAUCAUGGGCGAACACUUCAUGAACAUGAAGGACGACUCGAUCGUGUGCAACAUCGGUCACUUCGAUUGCGAGGUCAACGUUGCUUGGCUGGAACAGAACGCCAAGGAGAAGGUCAACAUCAAGCCUCAGGUCGAUCGGUACCUGCUGCCGAGCGGCAACCACGUCAUCCUGCUGGCCGAGGGUCGUCUGGUUAAUCUAGGUUGUGCCACCGGACACUCCAGCUUCGUGAUGUCCAACUCGUUCACCAACCAGGUGCUGGCCCAGAUCGAACUGUGGACCAAGCCGGAGGAGUACAAGGUCGGAGUGUACGUCCUGCCGAAGAAGCUGGACGAGGAGGUCGCUGCGCUGCAUUUGGAUAAACUGGGCGUCAAGCUGACCCGGCUGAGCGCGCGACAGGCCGAGUACCUGAACAUGCCCGUCGAUGGACCGUACAAGCCGGAACACUACCGUUACUAGAUGGUUCCCCUGUAAGUAUAAGAGUAAGUUACGCCAUUUUGAUGAUUUUGGUGGAAUAAAAGUUUUAUUUCCUAAUA